GUUACAGGUCUACAUCUGUGGAGCCAUAGUUGACAGGAAGCUCUGUGGGAGGCGUUGCGAAAGUGAGGCUUCGUUGAGACGUCACCAAGAAUCCUUCCAUGGUGUAGUCCUGGAGGUUGACCAACGGAAGAACUACACCUGCCAUUACUGUGGUCGCCACUUCGACCAUAAAGCUGAUGUAAAGGCUCACGCCAGAAGACAUAAGAAGGACAGGAAUUAUGGGCGCCAUUCAUCUUCGUCAGCUGAGCCAUCUUUUUCCAAAGGCCGAUCAUCGUCAUCAAGGUCGUUCCAGUCUUCAUCUGUGCAGCCAACAAAGAGGGCAUCAUUCUCAUCUUGGACAACUGAGCCAUCUUUGUCCAAUGACCGAUCAUCCUCAUCAAGGUCGUUCCAGUCCUCAUCUGUGAAGCCAACAAAGAGGGCAUCAUUCUCAUCUUGGACAGCUGAGCCAUCUUUGUCCAAUGGCCGAACAUCGUCAUCAUACCAGCCUGGGAAGUCACAUAAGGUACCAUCAGUUUCAUCCUCAUCUGCUACAUUAUCUGCGACUCGUGGCCGACCAUCAGAUAAACAAUCAAAGGUUCUAGUAUCAUCUUCAUCUGUUUCUGCGUCAAAAUCAUCAGUAUCGCAUGGCCGAUCAUCAUACCCCUCUUCUUCUAUAAAGAUCCCGAAGAUCUCGACUUCAAAAACCUCAUCCAAACUGUCCGCAUCUCUCAAACGCCCUUCAACAAAACCACACCAGUCAUCAUCAAAGUCCUUGUCGCCUUCCUCUCCUAAUCCAUCCAAGCUUGGAACAUCAACAUCUGGACAACACUCAUCUUCAGGGACCCUAGAACUAGUUCCCUCAAAAAUUGGAUUCAUCAAAGAGCCCAUCAAAUCUGCCGCAACCCAGUCUCCUAGCUCAACUGGGAAGAAAAGGAAGGUGGUGACCACUGAUGCUGCUAAGUCCAAACGUCCUAAGUUGGGUUCUAAAAGCCUGAGAGUCACCAUUAAUAGACUGACUCUGGAAGACAUCCAGAAGGCCACCAAGUCUUCAGAAGAGCAGACCUUGGAUGAGGAACUAAAUGUUAAACCUCAGGAUAUAAUCCAGCUAGAAAUACCUGAUGAGGAGAUCUCGCGGCCAAGUGGUGGAAAACUUCUCGUGAAAUCUUCACUCAAAUGGAAGAGGCAAUCCUAUUAUAUGAAGGGCACGACAAACAGUGAAACGCAGUACCAGCGAUCAGACGUUGAUGACAGGAGAAGUAAAGUCUUAUAUGGAAAAGGAUGGUAUCCCGCUGCCACUCCAGGGGACCUGUUUUCGACGCUAAUACCAGAUGGCCAACAAUUCAUGCCUGUUGACUACUCAAUGAAGAAACACAAUUAAAACAUGUGACAUUCAAUAUCAAUCAUGAGAGACAUUUCAUAAUUAAGAGACAUUACCAGUUACAGUGUAACUCGAAACUAAAUUCCCUGGGUUUUCUUUUAUUAUCACCAAAUUCAAUUAUUUGUUCGGGGUCGAACAAACUAAAGGGGGGAUAUUGUAAAAACCCGGUAAUUUAUUUUCAAUUUCAAUCUUUAUUUUUCUUGCAAAUGGUUGGGAGUUAUAGUCUUUCCGCUCUUUGAAUCCAUUAUAUUUACCUUCCGAUUUCUUUAUUCUUUCCAGGUUUGUUGAUCCAUCAAUUACUUUCGUAGGAACACGUAAAAAUGUAAUUUUGAUCCAAAAUUUAAUUAUUUGUUUACAAUGGCCGCCAUGUUGCCUAAUCUCGAGGACUCAAAAUUGGUUUCUUUUAAAAAAACCUACGAAAUGAUCGAUCAACAUCCCUUUUCUUAUUCUGAGGUGUUAUUCAUUAUUUAUAUAACUUCUUUAUGUAGCUUUCUGUUCAUUUUUGUAUUCGAUAACUUGUAACGUUUUGUAAAACAUUUUUGUAAAGAGCUUUGAGACUAGUUCCGGCAUUCUGGUUGGAUAGUUUCUAGCAAUACACAGGGCUAUAUUUUUCCGCUCGAAUAUUUCGAACUUCGCUUAAAGGAAAUAUCUUUGGGAACAUUAAGAUGUCUGAAAACUCUGCUGUAACUCAGGUGAAUAUAUUGAAAAUUAUUGUUAAGUUAGAUAGCAUAAUUAAUUCUUUGAUUGAACUUUCCAUGUUAAGUUAGUGUGAUUAAUUCACGGGAAAACUCCCUCAUGGAACUUUUACUUUUAUCCGUCCCUUGUUAUUUUCUCCGAGGAAAUGGGCCUUAAAGUGAGCCUACAUGACAUUCUGUCGUGUUAUCCUCAACCGGGACAUAUUUGUAGCUAUUUUUAUUUCUUAUAUCGGGAUUAAUUUGAAGCUUUUGGUUUUAACUUCGAAAUUAAUUAAAACUCAAUCAUUCCCGUGCAAACUAUUCAUGAAGCACGUUGCUUUAAUCUUAAACAAACUUCAGCAUUUGAUUCAAACAAUGGAAUUUCUUUCUCACUUUAUAGAAACAAUUGAAACAAUUCUUUUAAAUCAUUGCUCUUUUAAAUCAAAGCCAAGAUUAAUUAAAUUUCAAUUCUGAAUUUGCACAAUUAGAAUUAAUUCAAGGGCAGGGUUUUCCAGUAUUGGGAUCGAGCUUCGUGUGUGGACCCGGAGCCGUGACCAUAGCGUGACUACACCGCAUUUCAAUCAAUUCAGCUAUUGUGCUUAUAAGAUUACAAAUUCAUACGUAAAGAUAUUUUAAUAUCUAUGCAAUCUUCCAUUUAAAUUUCAAUAAAGUCAAAAUUCCAAAAAGCCUUUGAAGAUUGGUUUUUGGAUUAAAAAUGUUUCUAUUACAUGAUUUAAAAUUGCUCUUUUCCUACACAUAAACGGCCCCGAAGUCGUUCUGGGUGCAGCCUAUCACUAAAAUGUGAAUGAUCAAAUGUUGCAUAAUCUUUGCACAUCUCGUGUACAUAGGACAAAUAUAUCAAAAACUUGUAAUCUUUAAUAGUAGGAUAUAACUGUCAGUUUUCCAAUCAAACACUCCCUUCAAAAAUUAUUCCAUUUGUUCAUUCUUACUUUAAUUAGUUGGUUUGAAAUCCUUUGUUUGGCCGUCGAAGGCUUACUUUAAUUAGUUGACCUUCAUUGCAUCAUUAAUAUGUCAUUGCCUUAAUUGUGCCGUGAUUUCAAUAUCUAUCUCACCUUUUACCCGUGAAAUCAUGAACAAUACAAAAUUAUACCGUUUAAUUGGAAAAUCAUUUUAUUAGACUUAUGUUCGCUAAUAUGUUUGUAAAUCUGAAAUUAGUUGUCAUACUAAUUACCACUUAAUGGAAGUUCAUUAGCUUAAACAUUCUCAAUUGUGUGUUUACUCCACAGCAUUACUCCUUAAACGCUCAAGUAUUGAUUAUAUAAAUUCUUGAUUUUGGGGAUAAUUGUCUUUAUAUUCAUUGAGUGUUGUUUUUAUAUUUUAUACAUUUUUCUAACUUUAUAAUAAAAACAUCGAUAUGCAUAUAUGCUAC